UUGCAUUAUUAUGGCUAUGAACUUAUUAGAGACAGACAUCAUAGUCGCAACAACAGAUCAAAACCAUCGCAUCGCUAAUCAAAUACACACAAGACAGCACAGCACAGCAAGAGAAUCUUCUCUUUAACAACCCGCUGGGAGAAAGAAAGUAAUUAUGUAAACCGCAUCGCAUCCCCAAUAUGGCCCUUGGGGGACCUCAACUCACUAAUUUCUCACUUUUCCUCAUUCUCCUUCCUACUGAGUACUCACCCCGCCCUUCUCCAUCGGCACCACCCGACUGUGUAAAAAGACGAAAGACUAAAACCAGCAAGUCCGCAUCUUUUCCCUGCAGGUCGGGUGUUGGUGCCCCCCCCCCCCCCCCCCUCCCCCCCCCCUUUUUUUUUUUUUUUUUUUUUUUUUUUUUUUUUUUUUUUUUUUUUUUCUUUUUUUUUUCUCUUUGACUCCGGGCUAUUCCUUCACUCCCUCCCACACCACCAGGAUU